AGUGUCACGCGCGCGUGACCGGAAGCGACAACAACUUUGCGCUACACCACCUCGUCGGCGAUGCUCAGAGCAUCGACGCGCCUCAUGACUCGUACAUCUACGGCACUGAAUCGCACCAGAGCCCUUGCUAAACAUAUGUCCGGAGUCUCCGGCUCGAGCAAGGACAUUGAGCCUCUGGUCCGCUUUGAAACGACACAAGGACUGAGAACAUAUGUACUCAAUCGACCGAGCAAGCUCAAUGCGCUGAACGAGGAGAUGAUCAAUCUGCUGCGUCCAAAAAUUGAGGAAUGGGACGCGGCAGAGCUGUGCAAUGUAAUUGUGGGGACCGGGAAAGGGCGGGGUUUUUGCGCCGGUGGGGAUGUUGAAACCGUUGUCAAAUUUGCUGCGGAGGACGGGACACGGGACAAGGCCGUCGAGUUUUUUAAGCGGGAAUUCGAUCUCGACCUCUUUCUAGCAUCAAUACGCAAACCUUAUGUCGCCAUCCUAGAUGGUCCCACGAUGGGUGGCGGUGUUGGGUUGUCGGCCCCUGCGCCGUUUCGGGUUGCGACCGAGAACACCGUCUUUGCCAUGCCCGAGACCAAAAUUGGAUACUGCCCGGACGUGGGGUCUAGUUACUUCAUGUCCCGACUGGACGGAGAGAUUGGUACCUACCUUGCUUUGACUGGAGCCACGCUCCAGGGCCGAGCGGUCUUUGAGCAUGGCUUUGCAACGCAUUUCAUCCCGGCAAGGCGGCUGCCUCUGCUUCUAGAUCGGUUGUCGAACGUUGAAGAACAAGAUCACACAACCAUUGAUCGCACUUUAGAAGAGCUUUCCUCUGAGCGCGAAGACAGCGAUCCUCCCGCUCCGCUUGUGUCGUCGGUGCGGAUAGCGUUGGACUUCGCAUUCAGGCACGAUCGAGUGGAGCGAAUAUUGGCGGAUCUCGAACAGCUGUCGUCGGAUUCGAUCCCGGCAGUCAGUCACUGGGCCACACAAACUUUACAACAGCUGCGGGAGCGCAGUCCCACCAGUCUCAAGGUCGCACUGCGGGCCAUCCGGCUGGGCAAGACCCAGACCCUGACUGAAGCCUUCAACAUGGAGCUCAAGAUUGCCACCCUACUGCAGCGGGGCCAGUUCGGACUUCGCGACAGGCGUGACGGAACUGUUGGUCAACAAAAGCAAGGAACCACGGCAAUGGACUCCGAACAACCUGGAAGAUGUCACGGACGAAAUCGUGGACCGAUUCUUCUCGCCGCACUCUAAAUAUUUGGCCAAGGCGCCCACCGUCGGACACACUUCCUUUGACAACCGUGGCACGAAUGAGCGGACGCUCAGAUUUGGUCUUCCGACGGAGCUGGAGAUCUCGAGAGUGAUUACGGGUGAAGAUCCGGACAGUGGGGACAUGGGAUAUACGCUCGAUGAUCUCAUCCAAUACUUCCACGAAACCAAAGACGGGAAGAUGGGCGUUGAGAAAAAGAUUCGCGACGUCGUGUCUCGUAAGACAACCCUGGUGGACAACAACGACGGGAACUAUGUCUGGCUGCGUUGGAAUCCGUAGUUGCCUCGACUGACCCUUGGCAAUGAAGCCCAUUUUUCGCUUGUGACCCUUGAGCUCGCUAUUAAAUACCGUCCACAUGGCAAUUGAGAGGGGUUCAGUAUGUAAGUGCUUUCGCCGGCGGAGUUCUUGAGCGAGAGACUUGCCCCGGACUUUCGCUCUGUAGCAAGAGUUCUGUAACUGCUAGAAUGUGCGGAAGAUUUGCAGGAUAGCAAGCAUGCCCGGCGAUAUACGUGCAGGCCUGUGCAGGCUCGCGGUACAGCACCCGGAAUCGUAACAAGAUUCCGCACAGAUUCCGUGCCGUCGGUGACGUGUGCCUCGAUUGAUCCGCCGACACAGCCAUGAGCUGUCUGAUCUCUUCGCAGAGGGUCACGACGGUCACAGCGCAUCUGACAACACCAAGUCGCGAAUUGCUCCCCGGGGGUGUCGUGCGGUGACGACCAGGGGAGAUGCACUGUACGACUAAUUGUUUGCGGCAAACCUACAUCAUUGCUGUUGGUGCCUCGGAACAUCCGGAGAAAUUGCUUUUUCAGAGAGAGAUCUUGUUUCCGCGGCACGCGCGUUUGGAUCUCUAGAUGGUCCAUGGCCAGAUCCGGUAUGUUGCUGCAGUCUGUCCAAACGUGGUCCAUUGCGUCGCUUACCGUCUUCUUGGGCGCCAAUCCACGCUCCACCACCGUUUCAGUUUGGGCUAACUCCGGUUGGCAACAACAUGAGUAAUAGUCUUCCUUGUCUAUUCCCUCCCUAUAUAAUGUGGACCUACAUUCCCUGGCCUUUGCCCAUCCACCCCGUUUCAUCCCUCUGUUCAUUCUACCAUGAACGUCAUCGACCUCCUCCCAUCCCCGCACUACUACUUCCAUUCUGCUCUCUCGUUGGUGCAGAGCGCGCUAUCCAGCACUCGCAGGGAAAAAGUUUUGCCCUCGCGAGUCGACUACGACAUCGACGAAGACACCGGCUUCCUUCCCCCGUCUCCUCCUCCGCGUCUAGCCGGUGCCUAUGCAUUGUGGGAACACGCGUUGACCGAAGCAGCGACGGAAGUCUAUCUGUGGGACGAUCAGUCUGAAGACGCGUCGGAAGGGCGCGUCUCAUCGGACGCGUGGCGGACGAGGAUUCUCUCUUGGCCUGUGGUUGACACAGAGGCGUUGCACGGAAACAUUCGUCGUCUCCAGCGGGCCCAUGUGGUACUCGCUUAUCUGACGCACUAUUAUAUCCACUCUGCCCCUCCAACCCGCUCCGAUCUCCCGUUUCUGGUUCCCAAGGCCCUUGCCGUCCCAUUCGUCACUGUUUCGCGCCAACUCGGCAUCGCCCCGGUUCUUACCUUCGCGGAUACCGUGCUGUGGAAUUACGAAUUGAUUGACGCAGCCAAACCCUUGUCGGCUAUCAACAUCCAGUACACCAACGUCUUCUCGAGAACGGAAGACGAGUCCCAUUUUUAUCUCACGUCUGCGCUUGUUGAGCUUCGGGGGAUCGAGCUUCUGAAGAUCAUUGACGAUUACCAUUCUCUGCCCGAUUUGGAGGACCUCGCUGCUAUUUCCAAACUCUCCCGGGACCUUACGCGGCUGGUUGGCAUUGUUGCAGAUAUCAGCGACAUCAUUCAAAGUGUUCGUGACACUGUGGAUCCGCACGUCUUCUACCAUGCGAUCAGGCCUUGGUUUUCGGGCAGCGAUGCCAAGGGCCCAUCGUCCCCCGGCUGGAUCUACGAGGGUGUCCCUAAUUCGGAACAGCUGGAUCUCAGCGGGCCAUCGGGAGGACAGAGCAGCGUCAUGCACGCUCUCGAUCUGUUCUUUGAUGUGGACCACAAGCUCAAGUCGCGGCGCUUUCCUGUGCCUUCUGCCGAGAAUCACCGGACUGACACUGGUUUCAUGGAGCGCAUGCGACGGUACAUGCCUGGCAAGCACCGCGAUUAUCUCCAUUCCCUUGCCAACAGCCCGCUAUCCAUCCGGGAGCUGGCUGAGAGGACACCGGCCCUGCGAGAGCCAUACGACAAUGCUGUCAUGGCCCUCAAGAAACUGCGUGACCUUCACAUGCGCAUCGCCUGUCUCUACAUCGUCACCAUGUCACGCUCAAGCCCGCACCCGUCGGCUGCGUGUCCUGUCGCAGCGAUGAUGGACAGAGUGCAAAAAAGUCGGGGCACCGGCGGCAACGAGUUGGCGCUGCUCCUCAAGGCCAGUCGCGACGCGACGCGCCGCACGUUGCUGAGAAGACAUAGAUGCGACUAAUACGGAUUACACUAUGGUAAUGGCUCAUUCUAAAUCAUACGCUAGCAUAGUACAAUAUUGUAUACCGAUCCAACUGCAAAAUCCAUACGACCACACUUGUGUUCGCA